AUGUCAAGUAAAACACUCCAAGCAACUUGGAUUGUCAGCGACAAUUCAAAUGCAGAUAUUUCAGUAUUAAACAAUGUGAAACAGACGCAACAGCGACUUCCAACUGAACUUGGACUUCCUCUUAAAGUUUUCGAUGAUGUGACAGAUUGUACCAUCGCACUCGGAUAUUCUUCAUCGAUUACGGAAAAAACCAUUCUUAUUCUGGAUGCUAAUGUUGCCCAGGAGGCACUUCAUUUGCUUCAUAAUUUGUGCCAUAUAGUCUGCAUUUUCGUCUAUUGGAUGGAUUUUGACGAAAAUCUUAGUAAUUCACUGGAACAACUUCGCAGUAAAUAUAAUAAAGUGAGUUUACAAUCAAGUAUUUGA